AUGUCCAAGAUGAAGAUUAUGGCGAAUCUCUUCAGUCCGUCAAAUACCACUGUCACGGUGGGAAAUGAGAGGCUGGAGAGAGUCGAUCAGUACGUCUGUCUCGGACAUGUUCUAUCCUUUGGCAAAGAGCAUCAGCCUAAAGAGAUCUCAAAAAGAAUCCAGCUGGGAUGGGCUGCGUUUAGCAAGUUAGGUGACAUCCUUAAAUCAGGUGACGACAUGUGGACGCUCACGCAAGAGACUGUAUACAGGUUGAGAGUUGCACAGAGGGCCAUGAAGCGCGCUAUGCUCGGCAUCAGCCUUGUAGACCGAGUUCCGAACGUUGAGAUCCGACGAUGGACGAAAGUCUAG